CACCGCCUAAAGAGGACAUCGCACGAUCACCAUGACGGAAUAUUACUAUUUCGACAUUAAACUCAAACUGAGAGAUCCGGAUGCUGUCGUUUUGACCCCUGCCCUAUUCCGUAGCUGCGUCCUCGAUGCCUUGGACAGUUUCUUCUGCGAGGAAAAGCCCACUUUGGAGAUCGUUAAGUUCUGCGCCCAGCAACAACGUGUUAUUUUUAGAGUCCCAGAGGAUCUAUACGAAGUGAUACGCAUCAUUUUAAAUCUAAUAGGCCACUACCAGGAGACUCCCUGUCAUUUUGAGGUCCUGGCAACAUCCAAAUCAACGCUAGACUUUGAGAAGAGCAUUGAGAAGAAUCUCGUAAAGCUGAGCGAUAUGGAAAUUGAGCAUUUUAAUCUAUAA